AUGAGGGUGGGCCGCGUUAUCUGCUCCGAGCCAAGAGCGCCCACAAAGUUGGCCGUCGCGCGCCGUCGCGCGCCGUCGCCGCUAACAAUUUACAUUAUGUCAAUGUACCCCCGGACGCCGAUUAAACGGUUCGAGAUUUCUCCUCCGGUUGCUGCCGCUGCCUCGAUUGGUGUCUAUGACUGGCUCCUAUAG